AUGGCUUCAUAUUACCCAGAAGGCGAAUGCUACUUCGUCAGAAGCUCUCUAAGAUAUGGUCCCCACUGGUCCGCAAACAACCAAAAUCUGUUCUAUAGAACCGUUCUUCUCGAGUACUACUGGAACGGCUGGCCAGCGACUGGAGUAACGCAAAGAUCUCACACAAGGUCACGCUGGCAGCAUGGUACACCCUCCGGAAUUGGAGGCACACGCUUCGGGGACUGGGACAGAUUCUGGGUGGGCGAGAGCAGAAACAAGUCCACAUGGCCUAUGCUCAGGAUCCAUAGUCAUCCCAACAGUCUCAACUGGAACGAGUGUCGGGAUCACCAGAGAGGAGGUCCCAGAAAAUACAUUCUGCGUCCAGUGGAGAUCCAGGACAGCAAUACCCAGUGGCUAUGGAUCGAUGCUACCAUUCCCCUCAGAGCGAUCUACUUCCCUGUCGCGUUCAAUGCAGACCAAGCCUUCCCCAACCUGUGCACCUAUGUCGUUAUCGACUUCAGACACAGAGAUCGAUUUCAGAUGUUCAGUGAUACCGGGGUCUCGAGGACCAUAGUUCCCACCUCUUAUAACGGACUUGGCUGGCAUGAUGGCCUUACCUGGGGUUUCAAUAUCCCAGACAUCAUCGCCUAUCUUUCAAUCCCACACAAACUGCGCAAUCCGGACUACGGAUUGUUCAACUCGAAGGCGAGAGGACAAGAGUUGGUUGUGUGGACCAGCUCAGCACCGGCUUGGGCGUCUUCUGUUGGGGUACUGAACCAUCCAGAUUUCUUCCGCGAGAUGGACUUCGCUAGAAUUCUUAGCGCCACCUUUGGUGUCGAGAUCGGAUGGAGACCUUACCAGCACAACCCCUUCCUCAGGGACAUGCUCGUCCGUAUCACUCAACUAGGCCUGGGCUUCAUCCCGGGCGUGGGUCCCAUCCUCUCCGUUGCAUUCGGAAUGGGAGUUCAGCUCCUCACAGAUCCGGACUCAUUCGGCAGGGACAACAUUCUUGACCUCGCCUUUGCCGUUCUGGAGAGUGUGAUUGACUCAGGCAAGAGAAGUCAGAAGUUUAUCGCACCGGAUUGGAUUGCCCAGUGUCCGUGCGGCGGUCAACAGAGAGGUGAGCCUUUAACGGAGCAGCAGAGAGAGGCGCGCAGGAAGUUAGGUGAGGAGAUCAACAACCGCCUGACUGCGGAAUUGGACGCUCAGCCUGUGAUACGCUCUCUUCUGCAGCAGGACCAGCGUUUUAGUGGACGUGUUGAGGAAGUUGUUGAGGAGGUUCAAGAUGAGGCUACGGAGACAACCCAGGACGAGGAAACGGGAGAGGAAGCAGAGGAGAAGCCGGAGGCUGAGGAAAAUGGUGACAAACAUGAGUGA